GUUACGGGGAGGCUGGCGGUGUCAUGGCGGCUGCCGGUCAGCGGCUCGGAGCGUUUUCCAUGUAAACAGCUCGACGGCUCGUCCUCUCCUCUCCCUCCCUCUACCCCCCUUCCCCACCCCCAAACCCUUCCCCCCUCCCCCCUCUCUCCCGACCACCCCCCCUCCCCCCACCUCCACAGCGCGCGCGCGCACACACACACACCCCGCCUCAUGGAAUGUCAUGACGGUGCCGAGCGGGGCGGCUUGGCCGUGGAGUUUGCCGGAACCGCGCCGAGCACUCGGGGCGAUGGCGGCAGCGGGCGGCUGAAAGGCUCCUGCCGGCCCGGGGAGGCCGCUGCCGCCCCCGCCCCUGCCCCUAACCCCACCCCCGGCCCUAGUGCUGCUCCGAGUACCGGCACACACCUGGGCGGGGAGGAGAGUGAGAAGGUGCAGGACGCCGCUGUUACGGAGAAAGUGAGGGAAGAGGGAGACCAGAGAAACUUGGUAAACAAGAUGGGCGAGCUGAGUGCUGAGGCUGAGAGUGACUUAGCUAAAGGAGCCCUGCCUGGCCUGCCACAACCACAGCAACCGCCCCCGCCGCAGACGGACGCUCAGAUCCGGGAGGAAAGCAGUCCUAGUAAAAUCCCCGAGGGUGACAAAAAUCAUACUGCCAGUGACCAAAGCCUGCCCGGAGAAUCGCAAAGCAUUGACUCAUUGGAGUCCUUUUCGAAUCUGAACUCCUGCCCGAGCUCUGACUUGAACAGUGAAGGAACUGAAGACCGGGCUCUGGCUCUUGCUUUACAAACUGAAGAGUAUAAUAGCAAGGAUGGUGUUGCCAAACCAUCUAGUUCGAAGGAGAGAUUCCCCGGACAGUCAGUCUAUCACAUUAAGUGGAUCAAGUGGAAAACCGAAAACACGCCCAUUAUUACACAGAAUGAAAAUGGCCCUUGUCCAUUGCUGGCAAUUAUGAACGUUCUUCUUUUAGAAUGGAAGAUUAAACUUCCACCUAUGAUGGAAAUUAUAACAGCAGAACAGUUAAUGGAAUACUUGGGUAAGAUUGCUUUUUUUAAUUGAUAAGGGG